GGGUAUUUAUAAAUAUCCAUGGACAUUUAUAAAUACCCAUGGACAUAUAUAUAUGUCUCACUCUUACAUAGUUUUGACACAAACGGCACCUCAUACAAACGUCAUGAAUAAUUGAAGUUCAAUUAUUGCCUUCCGGGCACUUCCGUAUACUCAUAAAGCUUCGUAAAAGAUGUUCUGGAGAAGACAAGUUAGUUAGAUGAAGGCUAGGCGUUCUAGGACUCUCUAGCUAGCUAGUAUAGCUAUGUAGCUGGAUUGCUUGGCACCUAGGAAGGAUCUUCGAAGAAAUAAAGAGGCAAAGACUCCCGUCGCUCGAAUGGUGGUGGUAAGUGUCAGAGGCCUGAGAAACGCUAGUCUAUUAGCUAGAAUGUUGUUAUGGAGUGUUUAUGAGGACAAGUGGCACGGGAUACGUACAUCUAAAGAAACAAGAGUGGAUCUACGCCAAGCUAGCUAGCUAGAUAGCUGCUCUUUCUAAUCUAUUUCUGUUGCUAAAUUAUGUUUGUUAAGAAGUGGAGCUAUAAUAUACCUGGCUCCUCUUGAUGAUUGUAAGUACUGGGCUGAUGAAAUAGUCCUGUACAAGUUGUCAUCUUUUAUUUGUUAAAAAUAAUUAACAAUAAUACAGAAAUUCCCAGGGUAUUUCCCCUCACGUAGACAGUAAAUUUCAUUAUAAAAAAUGAACGUUCGGUGAGUUUCUUCAACGUCCGCGCUUGACCUGUUUAAAGCUUUGUAGAGACCCAAAUUUUUACAGGUAGGUAGAGGAAGGGUUGAAGUUAGCACCUGUGAAAAAAAAUUUUUUACCCAUGUUUUUCAUUUCUACUAAAUAGCUUAAUUUAAUCAGUGCCGCGUUAAGGGGGUUUUCCUAGGCCCUGUCACAUAUUGUUGAAAAAGAACAAAGUUGCCGUGACGAAAUGUCUCCUGUGUAUUAAACAAAGUCGUAGCCUAGCCAGGAGGGACAAGCAAUGUCUCCUGCAUUAUUGUUGACAAAGUUCUCAUUCUGAUAACAACAAAACAAUGUACACACUAAACAAAACAAAACAAUACAAGCUAACUAAAUAAUAAACAAAACUAUGUACACACUAAAAGCUAACUAUAGUUCAAUCCCUUUCUCAUCUGCCUAAUCAGAGUCUUCACUUUGUCCUGAAUGUUCUGCAAGCUUCUUCCGGAGAAGUUGCCCCUUUUUGGUUUUCUUUCAGGAAAGCCUGUGCUCUGUCAGGUUUGGUAUCCGUGGCUAGGUUUGAUCCGUGGCUAGGUUUGAACCAUUUUCAGUGUCUGUAAAAAACCUCUUUUUUGUAGGUGGUUCUUCCUUGUCAGUCUGGUUGUUGAGCGAGGUAUAGACGUUGUUGCCAGGUGUUGGUACUUUCCUCAACGUCACUGGUUGCUAUUGCCAGGGUGGGUGUAAUCUGCAGAGCAGAGUACUAGUUCAACUCUUAAACCGAUCGAAAGAGUCCCCCAGCUCUGCCGCGAUGUUCCGCAGUGGUAAAUACCAAGUUGGUAUCCUCCCCUUGUGGUGAAUGGUCCAUGAUGAUCUUGUAUACCUUAACAGGCAUCUUGCAGAUCCAUGUGCUGUUGCAGUUUUGUGCCCCCACACCGACACCACUUGAAAUUCAUUCUUGUUCUCCGCAUCACCCAUUGUCAUAUUUACCACUGCGCCCUGGCGCUGGAAAUUGGUGUAAACCAAGUAGCAACCAAGUAGCACAUUAGGAACCUGGGUUAUGGUUGGAUAGAAUAAUAUCCUCAGUCCUUUGCUAAAUACCCUCAGUUGUUUAGUAAAUACGUUUACUAAAUACCCUUAGCUCAGUUGUUUACUAAAUACCCUCAGUCUAAAUCCCUCAGUCUAAAUACCCUCAGUCCUUUGCCCUCAGACAUUUAACAGUUCCUCACAGUUGUUUACUAAAUACCGUCAGUUCUUUGCUAAAUACCCUCAGACAUUUACUAAAUACCCAAUAAGGAAUGUGUCUAGUACAUCCUUGAACUCUUGAAUGGAUAAUUUCUCCAACUCCUACAGGUAGGUCGGCUGGCAAAACUGUUUCAGUUCAACAACCCCAGAUGUGCUUUCGGCGAACAAUCACUUUUUGUCGAUCUUCUGGUAUGACAGCAACAUGACACCUUUCAUUUGAAGUGUCUGAGCACUUCACCCGCGGAAUUGGCUUCCAAAUAAACCUACGAACAUGACGUAAAGGUUAGGGUAAACUGUUCAGCAAUACACAUAAAAUGUAGGUACCUACACUCUGUGUAGUUAAGGCCUGGGUCAGGCACUGAUAAGAUUAAUUUUAUUCAUUACCAACAUUUAAUGUAGAUGGUGUAGAUUAUGUAGUGUUAAUGAGAUUCAUAACCAUUAUUAAUGUUAUUCAUUGCAAUUGAUGUCACGUGUCAAGAAGAAGUCAAGGUACUUGCUUAGCUAGCUGCUGGAAAGAAUCUUUAGCAACAAAUGCGGUGGACUUGCACAAGGUAAGACUAGUUGUUUAGGCCCUCAAAGAUAGAGUAGGUUGUCAUGAUUAUAUUUCUAGCGGGGGAAGUCAAUAUGUGCAAAACUGCCUUAGCUAUACUGGCUUCUUUAGCUCUGACAGCCACUCUAGAGGUAGGCUAUGCUGUGUAUCUCAAGAAUACAGUAACUCCUACUCUUCCCCCGCCGGAUAUUAGUACCUAGCAAUGAUAAGUUCAUCUAGCCUUGUUUUUGAAGCUUGAUCUUAGCAUCUUCGUGGCCGCAUUUGUAGUUAAAAGUGGCAUGACGUCAUCACCAUUUUUGGGGCUAAUUAGCAUAAUUGAAUUAAGCUAAUUAGUUUAUUGGAAAAAGAAAACAUUGAGCUUCAUUUUGGAUCAUUUUGAUGCAGCAUACACUGUAUAUUGCAAAUAAUACAGCAGUAUGAACAUAGUGUUAAAUUUUGGUAUUUACAGCCAGACCCGGGCCUUAACUGCGCAGAGCACAGUUGAAUGCCUGUUGCACUUCCAACGUGAAGUCAUCAUCGUCUGAGUUUAACAGGUCCACGUACACCCUAUCAAAAGACACACCCUAUCAAAAGACAUUAAUUAAGAGCACAAUGAAGGCAUAACCCAAGCAUGCAUGUGCCUAUACACUAAUUUUUGGGACAACCCUGAUACGUACACAUAGAUGAAUUUUGCUUACAUCUGUGGAUCCAGAGAAUGACGUUCAGUCUUGGUGAUCACACAAUCUUGUUGUGCAACUGCAGGCACUAACACAGAAACACAUGCACUAGGAGUAACCGUGACUGGUGUAGUAUUAACAACAAUCGAAACAGGACUCUGGGUACUUGAAACGGUAGUAACUCUUCAAAACUAUGUGAUAGUGAUUCUUACAGACUGCACUAUCCUGUAACCAACAAUUAUACAUGUAGGGUCAAACAACCAUAAAAUAUUACCUUUAAAAUGGAGAAGGAGCGAGACGUACACACACCCACUUGUCUUUAUUCCAUCGCCAUCACAACUAAAAACACCAUCCGGAGCACGAACCCGUCUAUUCACACACUUGAUAAUUGUUCCUUUAUGGAGGAUAAAGGAACAAUAUCCAGAUACAUUCGAUCCUUGGAAAUCGAUAACCACUAGAUUCUUCUGAUAUUCACGUGUCCAUGAUAUUCACGUGUCCAACUUGUAGAUUUUGCCACAUUUGGUCGCCUUUCGUUUACAGCAGCUGGUUCAGAUCUAAGCUGGGUAAUCAACCGGCUAGCUUUGGAAACCAGGUUUGAAGUACUUGCCCCACUGCCACUUGACGUGGCCGUUGCACCUUUGAAAACGUUCUUAGUCUCAGCUUCAAUCUCUGUUUUUCCUACAGAUUUUUUUAAUUACUACUACGUACACAAACUCAGUAUGCUUGCUUACUUUUCGAUUUUUACAAACAUUUCGAGGUGCUGGUCUUCCAUCACGUACAAUUGUUAUAAAAAAGCCGAACAAGUGUUAAUUGAAUUACCGUACUUCUUCUAACAGAGGCCCCCUUCGGAGAUUUCUCCCACAAGGCACCAUAAAAUUCAUUUGCUAUUUCCACUAGGUAUUUAAAAGGCGGCAUCCAUUUAAAAAGGCGGCAUCUUAUUUAGAAGUACAAUACUUUAUGUAUUAUCAUAAUUAUCAGGACUACGUACUACCUGAUUUAUGUAUAAUUAUAAUUAUUUGUAUAUACAAAAUAAUCUAUUAAUAAAUUAUUAUUGUGCAGGUGUGAGGUGUGAGAUACCAGCUACUUGAAGAGCAUCAGCUAAGUCUUUAUCUUCAGCUUCUUCCAUAUUAAGUAACAUAUAGAGCUUACACACAGUACAGAGAGACAGCAAUAGAGACAGACACCCAAAUUGAAGAGCUUAGACACAGUACAGAGAGACAGCAAUAGAAGACACCCAAAUUUAAGACUGUACAGAGAGACAGCAAUAGAAGAUUAAGAUUAAGACACCCAAAUUUAAUAGUACACGCACACGUGGUAUAGUGGAGUGCGCAUGCAUAAAUAAAAACUCUUUGCACGUACAAAAUCUGGAGUAAAUUUUGCACGCGUAAAACAACAGCCUCAAAUUUUGCUCCCGUGAAUAUAGUGAAUUUCUUUUGAGUCAUAUACUGAAUGUUUGCGCGCGCUAUUUUGUACUUAUCGCAAGCGCGAAUUAUGUGUCAACGUUUGGCUUUCCAUACUAUGGCUUUUCCAUACUAGAGUAAGUAAUCAAACCUCGGACUAUACCUAUAUUCGGACGCGUUUUCCAUGGACUCAAAGCAGCUAUCCAGAUUUUAGCCACAUCUACAAGUCACUGGUGCUUGGUACUACCUAGCAGCCAACUCUCAGCCUGUUCCUCACAACGACGCACUGGUCACGAGCUCUCAAAAACGAGUCCGAAAUAACCGAAAUAAUCAAAAUACGGACGAAGGGACACUACUUUAGACUGCGUAGCUUGAGAUAUUUCUAGUUUCUGUGCCUCCUGUACUUCUUCUUAGCUAGAUCUACCAUCAUGCAAAAAAUCAGCAGUGGCAGCUGCACAACAAACUCCAGAAACCAGACUGAAAAUAGCAGCCCCACCCACUAAUUUAGGAUCUCGGACGCAUGUGCAAUGCAUAUAUAGGCAGAUCUACACGUGUUAAUGAGCUAGUCUAUGCGAGAGUCUAUGAGCUAUUAGCCAAAAGUCUAAAAGAAAAACUCUCUACCUGAAGGACAAAAUCAAAGGAGGGGCAGAGAAUCGGUGGAUUUGUUUAUUGUUAGUAAUUAACUAGGUAUGGCUGAAGGCUAUAUUUUAAGAAGUAAGCUUGCAUCACGUCCAUCAACACCAGCAGUUUGACGGUAGAUUUACUCACCAACGACCGCUGUACAAGUCAUGGGUGGAUGACAGUAUGAAAAAAAGCUAUGGAAGCAGUUGUCAAGAAUGGAGCAAGUGUUAGAGAGGCAGCAGUUUGCUUUGGUGUGCCCAAGUCAACUUUGGGGGAUCGAAUCAGUGGCAGAGUUCAACACGGUGAUGUCAGUGGCCCCCUAAAAUACCUCUCAACUGCGGAAGAAAAUGACUUAGCCAAAUUCUUAGCCAAAUUCUUGAUAAAAUGUGCUGGUAUUGGAUAUCCUAAGACAAGAUUAGAAGUUAUAUCUCUUGUCCAAACGAUUAUUGAUUAUAAAGGGAUUCACUCAACUGUUACGGCUGGUUGGUGGCAGAGAUUUAUCAAGCGAAAUGCGAACAUCACUUUAAGGGCCCCUUCUCCACUAUCAAAUGCUCGAGCAUAUGCAACAGAUCCUGAUAUCAUGAACAGGUACUUUGAUCUACUUGAGGAGACUUUGUUACGGUAUGAACUGAAAGAUAAGCCGUGUUUAACAUGGAUGAAACUGGCCUCCCCAUGGAUCCUAAGGCUUCUAAAAGCGUUUACAGAAAAGGAGAAAAAAUCCUUUAGCACGCUCUAGUGGUAAUAAAUCCCAGACGACAGUAGUAGCCUGUGUGAGUGCUGCAGGCUAUUGUAUGCCACCUUUGGUGAUCUUGAAUCGGAAGAGUGUUCCGAGCUGCUAUAAGGAAGGAGAAGUUCCUGGGACCAAAUAUGGCCUGUCACCAAAAGGAAGGAUGGAUUGACCGUGACUUGUUUCACCAGUGGUUUGCUUUUCAUUUUCUUCGAUAUGCUCCUCAAGAACGUCCCUUAUUGCUGCUUCUUGAUGGCCACUCCAGCCACUUUUGCCCGGAAACAGUUCAUCUAGCUGAUGAACAUGAUAUAGUUGUAUUUAUUCUCCCUCCAAACUUAUUCUCCCUCCAAACUCUACCCACCUAUUGCAGCCUUUGGAUAAGGGGACAUUUUCCCCUUUAAAGACUUAUUGGAAACAGGAGUGUCACGAAUUUAUGAGCAAAAAUCCAGGCGAAGUAGUGUCCCGUUUUACCUUUUCCAAAAUUUUGGGAAGAUCAUGGGAAAGAUGUAUGGGAAAGAUGUAUGAGAUUAUCCAAUGUGCAAGCGGGAUUUAAAGUAACCGGUGUGUACCCUUGAUCGUGAAGCAGCUUUCAAGCAAAUUAAUAUGCCUUCUGGUGUUGCCAAAAGUUUUUCUCUGCCGUAUCAACCCAUGUUUAGUCCUGCGCCCAGGAAAAAGAAAGCUGCAGCUAUACAUGUAGAUCUAGUACGUUAUUCAGAAGAUGAUGAUAUCAGCUCUGAAGAAUCGUUCAGUGACGUACGAGCAGUACAUACACCUGUAGGUGGCAGUUUUGAUUAUGAGAGUGCAGCACGAGAACCUGGUUUUGGUGAACAUGCCAAGAUGCCACCCUAUACGUCUAAUGGUGAUACGGAUGACAACAGUUCCAGUGACACUGAUCGUGUGACACCUUUAAUUUACUGCAGCCAAACCAAAAAAAUGCUGAAAACACCCAUCCCACCUCCAAGAAAAGUUGAUCCUUUGAAAGUAAAAUCUUGUGGUAAAAUUCUCACUAGCAGCGAAUGUAUGGCUAUUAUGGAUAAAAAAAAAGAAGAGAAAGAUGAAAAGGAGGCUGAGAGAAAGCGUUUGCAGGCUGAGAGGAAGCAAUUGAAGGCUGAAAACAAGCGUUUGCUGGCUGAAAAACGAGCUUCGAAGCUAUCAGCCAAGAAAUCGGGAAAGAGUGUUUCCACAAAAGUGUCUAAAGCUCAGCAUUCCUUAUGUGUUGAAAACCCACCUGAACCGGUUUUUACUGCUAAAGAACUUGAACUUUUUACCACCAGGUUUGAAAAUGGUUUUGACCUCACGCAUGAUGACCGAUAUAACUUAUGGUUAAAAGAAAAUGGAUCUCCCCAGAAUGCCAGGCAAAAGCGAGUUACGAAGCCUACUUUCAAAGUGAGAGAAAGCAUUGGUCAAGAUUGGAGUGAUGCUGAUGAGUUGUGCCACGUGACGGGGAUAGAUUCAAGUGGCGUAUCUGAUGAAGAGCCAGUCAAGUCCAAGGUACUGUCUGUUGCAGAGCAAAGAAGGAACGCUGGAGUGAGGGCAACUAGAGCUAACCCAUCUGGAAGCAGUGUUGGAUUGAGAGCUACUAAAUCUACUAGAGCUAACCCGUCAGUGCUCGAGGACAAUUCUUUUUGUUCUGCUACUGAUUGCUCUGUACAAAAGAGCGGGAUAGAGUUCCCUGUGUGGAUCAGUUGUGAUGUGUGCUCCAGGUGGUAUCAUCUUUACUGUAUAGGACUGAAGAAAACCAAGAAACAGUUUACUUGUGUACAAUGUAUAUAA